CAAACGAUACCUUCCGAAUAAAAAAGGAGAAAAAAAAGGAAGGAAGCAGCAGCAGCAAAGCGCCAGCACUGACCUCACGUGAACUUAAAAUGUCGUUUACAACUUCACAGGCAGUUCAGAAGUAAAGAGAGAGGUAGUAGCCGUUUCCCUUCAGCUCGGGUCAGUCAGCGGAAACAAGGAAGUGAGCAGCUGACUGACUUCCAGUUCUCUGCUGCCGCUGGGCAAGAACAAUGGUAUGCAGAUGUUGGCUGUGAGGUUUCCUGUGUCAAGAAGACGCUUCUACGCUGGGACAUGACUCUCUACCUCAGUCCACGUGGAGUCCACGCCAUCUUUUCUACCUCUUAGGACAGCUGCUGUUGGUUUUUUUUUUCUGUUUUCUUCUUUCUUUCCUACCUCAGCACAUACUUUAUCAAACUUGUUAUCAGCCAACAGACUUUCGUUUAUGACCAGGCCUUCAAGUUUUAGUCACCCAGUCACGGUCUAUCACAGUUGACUGGUUUUGUUCUUGCUUAGUAGCCACCUUCAUCACAGCCUACCCCCUUCGACGGCAGGAGCAACCUGAAGGAGCCAUGUCACAUUGGAGUGUGUGAUGUUGGAGCCCUGUGUAGGAGCAGCAAGAAAAAAACAGGGUUGGAGCUGCAGAGACAUUCCUCAGUUUGUGGUUGGCUAUGAAAAUUAUCAACGUGACAUGGGCCAAAUGGACGCAGGCAUGAAGAACGAGAUGUUUCGAGAAGAGGAAAUGGACGAUGAUGAUGAGUCGCCGUCAGAGCGACAGAUUGUGGUCGGCAUAUGCGCGAUGACAAAGAAAUCCAAAUCCAAGCCCAUGACUCAGAUCUUGGAGCGCCUUUGUAAGUUUGACUACAUUGAUGUGGUCAUUUUUCCUGAGGAGGUCAUCCUGGAGGAGCCUGUGGAGAAAUGGCCCCUCUGUGAUUGCCUCAUCUCCUUCCACUCCAAAGGUUUCCCUCUGGACAAAGCAGUGGAAUAUGCCAAACUCAGGAAUCCACUGCUCAUCAAUGAUCUCAACAUGCAGUAUUUCAUUCAGGAUAGGAGGGAAGUGUAUCGGAUCCUGCAGGAGGAGGGCAUCGACCUGCCUCGUUACGCUGUGCUGAACCGAGACCCUGACAAUCCUGAAGUCUUGCCCUGUGCAGAGUGUAACCUGGUGGAGGGGGAGGACCAAGUUGAGGUGAAUGGGGAGGUGUUCCAUAAACCCUUUGUGGAGAAACCAGUGUGCGCAGAGGACCACAACGUCUACAUCUAUUACCCAACAUCUGCCGGAGGAGGAAGCCAAAGACUCUUCAGAAAGAUAGGGAGCCGUAGUAGUGUGUACUCCCCAGAAAGCAGUGUACGAAAGACUGGCUCUUAUAUCUACGAGGAGUUCAUGCCGACAGAUGGCACUGAUGUAAAGGUUUAUACAGUGGGCCCGGACUAUGCUCACGCUGAGGCCAGGAAGUCUCCAGCACUGGAUGGGAAGGUAGAGAGGGACAGCGAGGGGAAGGAGAUCCGCUACCCAGUCAUGCUGACCGCCAUGGAGAAACUGGUGGCCCGCAAGGUCUGCCUGGCAUUUAAGCAAACAGUGUGUGGGUUCGACCUGCUCAGAGCCAAUGGCCAUUCGUUUGUCUGUGACGUUAACGGCUUCAGCUUUGUCAAAAACUCCAUGAAAUACUACGACGACUGUGCCAAAGUCCUGGGGAAUAUGGUAAUGAGGGAGUUAGCCCCCCAGCUCCACAUCCCCUGGUCCAUCCCCAUGGAGGCUGAAGACAUCCCCAUCGUCCCAACAACCUCAGGAACCAUGAUGGAGCUGCGCUGUGUUAUCGCCAUUAUCCGACACGGAGACCGCACCCCAAAGCAAAAGAUGAAAAUGGAAGUCCGCCAUCCUCUAUUCUUUGAACUGUUUGAAAAGUACGGAGGAUAUAAAACAGGAAAGCUAAAACUCAAAAAACCAAAGCAGCUGCAGGAAGUGCUGGACAUCGCUCGCCUGCUCCUGGUCGAACUGGGUCAGCAUACUGACUGUGAGAUUGAGGAGAAGAAGUCCAAACUGGAGCAGCUUAAGACUGUUCUGGAAAUGGAAUCCAGCUUGAAUGACAAUCAGUAUGGUCAUUUCUCAGGUAUCAACAGGAAAGUCCAGCUCACCUACCUGCGGAAUGGCAAACCUAAAGCAUCCAGUGAGGAAGAAGAUUCUAAGAAGGAUGGCCCAUCUCUGCUGCUGGUGUUGAAGUGGGGUGGGGAGCUGACGCCUGCAGGCCGGGUUCAGGCUGAGGAGCUGGGCAGGGCUUUUCGCUGCAUGUACCCCGGAGGUCAAGCCGGUAAUCGCCGGUCCCUUGGCUGCGAUUCCCCUAUUGACUUUGGUGACUAUGCCGGGUUUCCUGGCUGUGGCCUCCUGCGCCUGCACAGCACUUACCGCCAUGACCUGAAGAUCUACGCCUCUGACGAAGGAAGAGUGCAGAUGACGGCUGCUGCUUUUGCCAAGGGUCUUCUGGCUCUAGAAGGGGAGCUCACGCCCAUCCUGGUUCAAAUGGUAAAGAGUGCCAACAUGAACGGACUGCUGGACAGUGACAGCGAUUCUCUGACUGACUGCCAGCAGAAAGUGAAAGCCAGGCUGCACGAGAUCAUGCAAAAGGACCAGGACUUUACAGAGCAGGACUACCAAAAGUUGGCUCCGACUGGCAGUCCGUCACUGGUGAACUCCAUGAAGGUCAUAGAGAAUCCAGUCAAAACCUGUGACAAGGUGUAUGCCCUCAUCCAGAGCCUUACAUCGCAGAUCCGAAAGAGACUGGAGGACCCCAAGUCUGCAGACCUACAGCUUUACCACAGCGAGACGUUGGAGUUGAUGCUACAGCGCUGGUCUAAGCUGGAGAGAGACUUCCGCAUGAAGAAUGGUCGCUACGACAUCAGCAAGAUCCCAGAUAUCUACGACUGCAUCAAAUAUGACCUUCAGCAUAAUGCCUCUCUUGACCUGGAGGACACGCGGGAACUUUUCAGACUGUCCCGUGCUCUGGCUGAUAUAGUCAUACCACAGGAGUAUGGCAUCAACAGAGCAGAGAAAUUGGACAUCGCCCAGGCUUAUUGUGUUCCCCUGAUGAAGAAAAUCCAACUGGACCUGCAAAGGACCCAUGAGGACGAGGCUGUCAACAAGUUGCACCCUCUGUAUUCUCGGGGUGUCAUGUCUCCUGGGCGUCACGUCCGCACACGCCUCUACUUCACGAGUGAGAGCCACGUUCACUCCCUGCUCAGCAUCUUCCGCUACGGAGGCCUGCUGAAUGAGGAGAAGGACCAGCAGUGGAAGCAAGCAAUGGACUACCUGAGCGCUGUGACUGAACUCAACUAUAUGACACAGAUAGUCAUCAUGCUGUACGAAGACAACAACAAGGACCCCUCCUCAGAGGAGCGCUUCCAUGUGGAGCUUCACUUCAGUCCAGGAGUAAAAGGAUGUGAAGAUGAAGAGACUAUUCCUCUUGGAUUCGGCUUCCGGCCGGCCUCCUCAGAGAAUGAAGACAAGAAGCCUAAUCAGGGCAGUCUGGAGGACCUUUCUCAGGAUGAGCCGGACCAGGCACUUCAAGUCUCUGAUCCAAUCAACAUUCAGCGAAGGUCUCCCAUGAUUCGGAACCGCAAGACUGGCUCCAUGGAGGUCCUCUCUGAAACCUCCCCCACUCAUUCCGCUAAAGGCUGCACAUCCCAUCGACUCUUCAUAUCCUGCUCACGCCAGUCUCCUGAGAUCAAACCAGCCAGUGGCUUAGGCUCGCUCUGCUCUGGCCUCUUCAGUGCCUCAGCCCUCGGGGUGUCCUGUAGCGCCCCCAACCUUCGGGACUACGUCCGCACACACCACCGUCACCACCACCCGAAGCCUCCUCUGUCCCCCGGCAGUUUGCCGUGCAAGAGUGGCAUGUUUGAGCUGUUGUCUAUGCCGGCAGUAAAGAGAUUUUCUGUGUCGUAUGCCAGGCAUCCGACUAAUGGCUUUGAAGGAUGCUCCAUGGUGCCUUCCAUCUACCCGCUGGAGACGCUGCACAACUCACUUUCCCUGAAGCAGGUGGACGAGUUUCUCAACUCGGUGUGUGAGAGCAACAGUGAGGUCCAGGCCAAAACCAUGAAAGCGCUCUCUGGCUUGUUUGCCUCUCAGAGCCAGAUUUCUCUCUAUAGCCCGCAGCAGCCUCUUUCCUCCUCUGGAUCUGAAGCAUCUCUUCGACCGCCUGGCCAGCCUUUGUGGCAUGGCAGCAUCCCCUCCAGUGCUGUAUCCAGUGCGGGCCCCUCAUCCCCGAUUACAGAGUCUUCUGGUCUGAACUUCAGCUUCAGUGAGUAGGUCGUCUGUUUGGAGAACCACAAGGACCUCUGGGAAUCGGAGGCCAUGGUGUAACGACGUCACUUCCUGCGCUGUUAUUCAGCCUUCUGCUCAUAUUCACGAUGUCAGACGCGAUAUGAUCAAACAAACUGUGCACAGCGAUUCUCCUGCUGCACCACCACUGACUGCACUAUCCUCACCACGCCUGCUCUUCUCCAUAAAGAGGAAAUAAAGAAAAAUACGUGGGACCUCUCAUCGCCUCGAUCCACCUCCUCAGAUCGCUCACACUUUCCUGAACCGUCCAUUGUGCCAACAUUCAGACCAUUUGUGCCUUUAGUUUAAUUUGGAUCAGAGCAGUGCUUGCUAUUUGCUCUGGAGAUGGGUUUUUCCCCUCACACAUCAGCAGUCUGUUUUUCUCACCUGAACUGCCGACAUUUCUGGUUCAAAUGCGUCACGGACUUUAAGUCUGUGGUGGAUUUCAUCCAAAGAUCAGCACGCCUGCUUUCUAACCAAGAAUUACAUUAUCAAUACUGCUCUCAUAUCUAGCUGUUAGCUCAGCUUGGCAAAUAGACUGGGAAUGGGGAAACAGCCUGUUUUAAAGAUGGCAGAACAGUAGUAGUCUUUUCUUUUUAUAAAUUCUAUGUUUUAUCUUUUUUCUUUUUUUAAUAAUAAGUAAAUUGAACAUUAAGUGUUAGUUUUUCAAGCAGUUUUACCUUAGACAAGGCCACUGUUAGCUGUUUCCAUCCCUUAAAAAGGCUGAACUACCUGCUGGAUUUGAGAGUUAAUCAUGUUAUUUAAGGCUUCAGACUGAAAACCAUCAUGUAAAGCUUGUAACACUGUAACCAAAGCAACCACAGCCCAAAUACUCUCUAAUGUAACAUACAAAGCAUCUGCAGAGAUGCAAGUUUGCAGUGUGCCUGAUAAAUUAUUGCUCACAUGAUUUGUUUUACUUCAUGCAUUAAACAAAAAAGAGUAGUAUAUUUUAUAAUUUUUCACUCAUGCCAGCCUGAUCAAGCUGUUUAGCUCUGUGUUCUUCAGCUGUUAAGUAGGAACAAAGACGCAUCUGUAAAUGUGCCUUCAGAUAAUAAUGUGAUAUUAAAUCCAAAUGUUAGGAACCUGCUGUAUUCUUUUACUGAGAUGUUUUAGAGUUACAGGGAUAAGCCACUUGAUUAAGUCAGUAGUAUAGUUGUGUCUGCAGUCUGUCACCAUAUAUUGAGAUGUGUUUUUAAUGUCAAAUGACUGUUUCUCAUCUCAUUAAUCAUGCUCAGGUAAAGCAGUAUAAUCCAAAGGUUGCAACUGGUUCAUCAGUUUGUGACUGAACUGUUGGACGGUCAGUUCACUUUCAAUUCAGAAAAUAAUUACAGUUAAUUGAAAUUCCAAAAUAUAUGUUAUUACUUUGACAAAAGCCUGUAAACAAAAUGAAAAGCUGAAUCUGAUUGUGGGCAUUGUGUUCAGUCGGCAUUGUCAGCUUUAACAAAGUAUAAACAGCAGCGAGGGGGGGAGUCCCUCUUUUCAUUACAAAGCGGUUCAAUUGAAAAAAAACUGGCCUUCAAAACUUGAAACGUCUGCUGUUGAAUGAAUUUCUGAAUUUUAGCCAUCUUGUAAAAGAGUUCUAGAUUUUUGAUUUUUGAAGGCUAAUAACCUGUUUUUAUCGUAAUUGUGAGUUGAUGUUGGUGUAGUUGUGUAUUUAUGUGGUUAUUUAAUGUCAGCCAAAGAGAGGUGCGUGUGUGUGUGCGCGCUCUGUUUAACGAGGUUUAAAGGUGUAAGAUGUCUGUGAUGCCCUGUCUUCUGUGGUUCAGGUCAGGCUGUGACAUCGGGGAAAGGAGAGGGGCAAUAAUAAAAAGAGAAAAUAAAGACUGAAAGUGUUGUUUAGUGUGUUAUCAAGCACAACAAAUCAUGUUGUCACACCUGCUGCAAUAGAUGGUGUGAGAGUGAUGUUUUAUUGAGCACAGUCCAGACACAAGUCUGUUAGUGCUGCAUAAACAAACUGGCCAACCUCCUGUGCUCAUCUGUC